UUAUACGCCCCUUAAUCGCCGGGUUUAAACGUAGCUGAUGAAUAUCAUCUUGAACACUGAUGCAAAAACCGAUCAAUAAGUAGAGACCUGGCCAGCACCUGGGGACGAGGUUCAUUAUUUAUACGCCUUAUUUAUAUCUAAAUCAAGAUGGCGGAUUGCAAAAUUCUGGCGAUUCAUUGUCUCCUUCUCGUUCUAUUUUUGUCACAUCUAGCAUUGAUAGAAGGAAAGGGACGCGGCGGUGGUGGAAGGGGACGAAUCGGCCGUGUAAGACCUUCAGGGGGAGGGCGGGGCCGGGUCACACCCAUACGCAGUAGGCCACGAGCGUAUAGUAGACCCUGGUUUCAGAAGCCUAUAUUUGUUGGUACCCUCUACGGCCUGGCUGCAUAUAAGACGAGAAGACGGUUCCGAGAUCACCCUAAUUCAGAACCAAGAACAUGCAGAAAUUUCGUUGCCCCCAAUGGGACACAUUACGGUUAUUUCAUUUGUCCGCAGUGGCACCAAAGCAAUGACUUUAGUUACUGUUGCGGACCAGAAAAAGGGCAGCGUUGUUGUAGAUUCGCAGAUGAUCCGAGUAGAUUAGCCGGGGUGGUCAUUGGCGGAAUUAUCUCUGUCGUCUUCAUGGCAUUGAUCAUAGCCCUGUGCUGCUGGUGCCGGAAACGCCAAGGGACGAAAAAGCCUGGCACCGGAAGAGUCCUCAAGGGGCCAACGGGUAAUGCGGUGCCUAUGACAAGCUACCAACCAGUGCAGACCUCAGCAAACAACGGAUACAACCCUGGCACUGGUGCCACCUAUGGAGUUCCUGCGAAAUCAGGUCAAACACCAUACCCAGUAGCACCAGGCGAGAUGCCAUAUCCAGUAGCACCAGGCGAUACGCCACACCCAGUAGCCCCGAGCGAGACACCAUACCCAGUGAGGCCCGUUGACCAUGAUUUUAAUCCCGGUACAGGUGCAACGUACGGACCACCUGACUCUGAUGCACCACCACCCAUCUAUCCGGGUGGUGAGCCCCCCUAUCCGGCACCAGUCUAUCCUCCAGCGCCCGGUGGACCUGUUUACCCACCUGCAUACCAUGCAGAUGGAGCCAUGUAUCCCCCGGCGGAGCCACCAACUGGCUACCCAAAUGCACCAUCUGAUGGGCCACCUUACCCUACAGAAUCAGUUUCAGCACCUUAUCCGAUAAAGUGAACAUGGUCAAACAAAAAAGACAUGAGGCACUUCCAAUGGUUAUCAUCUGAAAUCGCCGACUGGAGUUCAGACUAGCUUCCACUGCUUCCAAAAUACCCUAUGGACCACAGGUACUCAAGCAGAAUGCUACUUGUACAAUGUACUCAACCCAGAAUUGUUUGUGUACCAUUGAUUUUGUGUUUAUCACAUUUACAGAAAAUUACAAAAAUAUAUUGCCGCAAAAAAGAAAAUCUAAAUCCCGAUUACUGCUUUACUUUUGAAGUAAAUGUUUCAACUUGAACUUUUACAGGGUUGUCUAAAUUUGAAAAAGUGGUAUGCUAAAGCUGCCUUUUCACAAAACCGUGAAAUAAAAUGGUAACAAAUAUUUCUCGGGUUACUGUAUGUUCGUGACGGCUUUUUAUGAUUAUAUAUGUGAUUUCACAUGGUACUGCCGCGGCCAAAAUAGCAUUCAUUUGUUAACUUUUAACUAGAAUUCACCAAAAAAUUGUCGAGGUGAGUGAGUGUUUGUGUAUGGAUCCACAAUUUCAGUGUCGUGUUUUGGAUCUUUUCAAAUUUCUAAAACUUUGACAGAGCUCACAAAAAAUCAUGAUUUGACAAAUUGACAUCAAUGACUGCAGGUUAACUGAGUAAUAACUAUCUGCCUCUCUUGCAAAGAUGAACUCAGCGCCUGUAAAAAUAUGACUUGUUACUAUGUAACAAUAUGUAACUAUUUAUUUCGUUUUAAAAUCGAAUAUUGAAUAGUAGAAUUUUUAACAAUUACCGGUACUAGUAAUUAUAAAAUUGCAGGUGGUGUGGGGUAGUUACAUCACGCCACCUUUCUACAAUUUAACAUACAUGUACAUGUAACCUUGAGGUUAUGUGACAUAUUUGAUCGACACAUACGAAAUUGAAUGUGACUCAUUCUUAUGAACUGUCUUAAAUACAUGUAUGACAAUUUUUGGGAGCAUUAAUAUGAAUCAACUAGUUGUACAGAAAUCAGUGGUAUAUAUAUUAUUGAGGGUGUAUUUUUCAGUACUAUGUUGUUAUGUGACUGGGAGAUUUUCAGAUGACCUAAAUGAGGAUAGCUGGCAUAAGUACUAGACCAGCACCAUCCAAUAGGGAGCAUCUAAGUAUUUAGUAUGGAUAUCUGGUCUUGUAAAUGUAUUUAAUGGGCCCGGCCGUGGUGGUGUAGUGGUUGGCCCUUUCGCCACUGUCAACCUGAGAUUCUAGGCAUGUCUCUUUGCCUUACUCACCGAGGUGUAAAAAUGGUUACCGGUAGGAAAAGCUCAAGUUGUAGCGAUGAUUGAGCAGCUCAUCCAAGUUCUACUGAAAAGCUUUUAGGAUAGACUAGGGUUAUGGUAUAAAGUUGUUGAAAAGUAUUACAUGUAUCUAGGAUAUAGCCUUUGUUGUUGUUGAUAUAAGACUAUGAACCCUAAACUUUACUGUUGUAUCAUUGUGCUGUGGAACCCUUUACACCACAGGAAUUAUAUUAGUGACAACUAUCCUCCCCUUAAAGAUGUCUAUUUUGUGACUCGCAAAUAGACUUUUCUACUUUACAUAUAAUCUCACUUUUUUAUGACGUGGGAUGUAAAAUAUCAUGUUGUGAUGUGAUGCGAAUGUGAUCUUGUGGUAUUUCAUAAUUGGGUAUUGCUAGACUAGUACUUAAUUUAAUGUUAUUUCUACUUUUACCUUGGUUUCGUCAGAGCUGGUUGUGCAAUAUUUUUAUCCAUAGACGAUUCUCUUGUUACUCGGACUGUUUAUAACUUGAUAAUUCGUUAUAAUGUAUAUCAUACUCCUUGUUGAAUCUUCAAAUUUCGACAGAUUUCUGAUGUGUAGAAAGUAUUUUUCAAAAUUUUAUUCUUAUUGCCGGAGAAAGUUAUCUACUAUACUUUUGUUCACUAUCUCCUGUUCACAUACAAUCAUUUUAUAAAUUGACAAUUAUUUAUAAUGAUUAGGUCACUGGCAUAUACUAGUUCCUUAUUAGCAUUACAUGUACGUGAUCAUUAUGUAUAUUUGAAGAAAUAUAUAUAGGCAUAUAUUGUAUUUUAAUAUAAUAUUAUCAAAAUUUUCUGAUAUUGAAGAAGACCAAACUGUUAUUUGUGUACUAUGUACUUCAAAAUCCUUUCUGAGAGGUCAGCAACCAGGCCUGUUACUUGCGAGCAAGUUUCAGGUAUGGUCAUUGACCUCUGAAAAAGGAUUUCCAUAGUACAUAUAAUAUACUUAGAAAUUUAGAAAAUGGGUAUUUUGCAUUUAAGUCUUCUUGAUAAAUAAGAGGUUACAUGUAUCAUCAGUAACUAAAGUUGGCUAAAAGAUCUUGGAAUUCAAAUUUGGUUAAAAUUACCGUGACAUUUUUGCGACGUUUUUUUUGUGAUUUUCAGAAAUGCAGUGUCAAUAUCAAAGCUGCUGUUUGAUUACAAUUUUAACUCAAAUGCAUUGUGAUCUAGUUCAUUCAGCAGCAAACAUGGUAUUUUGUCUUCCGCUAGUAUAAAACAAGCAUUUUCGCCAACAAUUAGGGCAGCAAAAAUUUCACGGUUAAUCUAACCUAAAAUCUCUUCUCAUAGUUUAACCUAGCAAUUUAAAGAGUGCAAUAUUUUUGAAUGUGUAAUGUAUGUAUAUACUGGAUUUAAAGUUCAUGGGUGUACAUGUAUGACAGACCAGAAUAUUUUGGCUGAGUAUUGUACAUUACUGUUAUUAUCUCUAUCUGUUUCAACCUACAUGUAUCCUUACAAUUUGAAUUGUGGUGUGGUCUGUCUGAGUGCCGGUAUGUUUCUAAUCUUAACCACACCAGCGAAUUACAACUCCCUUUUUUUGAUACGUGAAUGUGUCAGGUGCACAAAUUGGGCAUUGUGUGGGAAAUCUGUCAAGUUUACUAACAUGAGGUGUUUGGCGCAAAUUUAAAACGAAGUGUCCCCAUCUGGUGAACGUGACAAGAGACAUCAUGUGUACAUAUGAAAAUUAGGCGAAUAAAGGGGGUUGGGUCAAAGUGUGCGAUCUAUCCCCCCUUACGGGAAAAGAAUACAUUGUAUUUGAAUUUGACCAAGAAAAUCCUUAGUACUGAAAGAUAGCUUUAAGAAACUACUAUGGAAGUAAUCACAUGAGUCAGUCUAGACUUUUUGUAGCUUUUUCAGCUACGAAGCUGCUUUAAGCGUCCCUUGAAGUUGCUUGUUUCUGGAAAUUGUGCCCACAGUCUCCUAUCAAAGACCCCGUCAAUGACGAAUUAUUUUUAUUCGUAGGCAAUUUUGCUUCUUUUGAAGUUCUGGUAGACAACAGGGGUAACGGUGUAUUAUGUAAUCACCCGCCACCCCUUCCAUUUCCCAGAUUCACUGCAAAUAAAACAAAAACCAAAAUUAGUUAUGCAUGAGCGAUAUUGGGUUCGAAUAAUAGGAUUUUGGUUUUUGAUGGGACACCGUGGUAGGCCUCCCCCCCCCCCCCCCCCCGCAGGCAAAGAAACUAUCUGGAAAUCAUCAUGUGGCCAUGCUUAUGUCUGUCCAUGCCUUUCUAAUGAACUGUAUGUAUGUAGACUGUAUCAAUAAUAGUCUUUAUUUCUUUUUGCAUGUUUUUGUUGGCAUAGUUAAAUUAUUUUGUUACAUUUUGACAUCUGAUAGGCCUAUCGGCUAGCAUAACUGCCAGGGUGUGUUCAUUUUAAUAAAAUGAAUGAUAAUAUA